CAGCGCAGCCGCCGUGAAGUGCGCGGCCCCUUUAAGAGCACCGCGGCACCGGAGGGGGUUUAAAGGGGCCGCGUCCCCCGGGUUCCAUCACCCCCGAGCCCCGGUUCGGGGGCUCUCCCCCCCCCACCGGGACCCUCUUCCGCCCCCCGCGGCACCCGGGGGCGGGGCCACGAAGAGUCUCGCCCUUCUGACGCCACUUCCUGCGGGAGCGCCCCGGUACCGGGUCAUGGUGGUGCUGCGCGGCGGUGCGGGCCCCGAGGAGUCCUCCCCGAGGAUCGAGGACUGCCUGCCCCCGCUGGAGGACUCCCCAUCCAAGAGGUUCUCCCCCUCCAAGAGGAAGCAGUAUUACAUCAACAAGGCCAUCCGCAACUCGGACCUCACCCCCAAGGCCAAGGGGCGCAAGAGCCUGCAGAGGCUGGAGAACACCCGUUUCCUGAUGACGCUUCUGGAGCAGGAUGGAUGCGGGAGUGAGGAAGGGGAGCUCGUCCACUCUGCUGCCCCCAGCAUCUUCACUGAGGCCUGCAACAACGAGACCUACGUGGAGAUCUGGAGUGACUUCAUGAACCGGUCUGGAGAAGAGCAGGAGCGAGUCCUGCUCUACCUGGAGGAGGAGGCCAGGAAGAAGCACAGGAGGAAGCUGCCUGUCAAGAGUGAAGACAAGUGGAAAGAGCACACGUCCUACUCGCCCCAGGAGUGCUUCCAGCGCAUCAGCCGCCGCCUGCGCACCACCCUGAAGCGGGGCCGGAUCCCUAUGGGCACCCUGGAGGGGCUGGAGGAGGAGCUGCUGGCCUUCUUCUCCGUCACCCCUCACUCCGUCUACACAGCGCUGAUGGAUAACAGGUUCCAACAUCGAAGGGAAGCGUCAGAUGAAAGUGAGCAACAAACACUGCGUCUUCCUGCCCCCCAAGCUCCUGCUCUCAGACUACCUGGGGCAGAUGAGCUGAUACCCACCCCGAGGGACCCCCAGCCCCUUGCUUGGCGCGCCGAAGGCCUCCUGCAUCCCUUCUCUGCCCGUGAUGCCCAUCUGAGGGGCUCAUCCCUUCCCCUGCUCCAGGAGCGGGUGCCGAUGCCCUGCAGAGACCCCGCAUGGAUCUUCCACCCGGGAUGUGUUUUGUGUGUCUAUUGACGGCCCAGGUGCUUGGAGCAAUGCUGGGGCUGGGCCAGACCCACCUCAUGGAGGUGAUUUCGGGCCAGAUUCCUCUGUGGUGAACCAGCUCCUGGCGGCUGCUGAGCCAGCGGAAGAGCCUCGGGGCUGUCGCGUUCCCGGCGUGGUUUGUCCAGCACCCACAGUGCUGUGCCUGCGGUGGGGUGAUGGGGGAUGCUCCAUCACCACCCCCAGGGCAGGGUGCUUCUUGCCCCAUGGGUGUUUGGGCAGCACCAUGUUCCCUGCCCUGCACCACUGUUUUUAAGUGUAAUAUAGCCGUGUUUUUAAUGGUGU